AUGAAUAUGGCACUGAAAAUUGUAUUUGCUCUAUUUUUCAUCAUCACCAUUCUGGUGUGUGCAUUCGAGGGACAUCCGGUUCCAGAUCAUGCCAAGAUCCGCAUCCACGUGCCAGUGAAACAUCAUACGCAUUUGCACACGAAAACCAUCGUCAAAACGGUGCACGUAGGAAUUCCGGUGAAGAACGUAAAGUCGCACGACGAUGAGCACGGAUGGGAGUACGGCAAGAAGAAGAAGGGAGCGGCCAGCAGCUAUCUAUCUUACAUUUAA